AUGACUACGACUAAUUCACUUUAUAAGGAUAUCACAGAAGAAGAGCGUCGAACAAAUUCGUAUGCGCGUAUAGUGCCUGGUCAGACAAUAGUGGAGAUCCCUGAGUAUACGUUGGAGUGUGGAGAGACAUUGUAUAAUUUUCCUGUUGCGUACAAGACAUGGGGGCGAUUGAACAAAGCAUGCAACAAUGUGUUGCUUAUCUGUCAUGCGCUUACUGGCUCAUCGGAUGUUCAAGAUUGGUGGGGUCCGCUAUUGGGUUCAGACAAGACUUUUGACCCAUCUCGGUUUUUCAUUAUUUGCAUCAAUUUCUUGGGCUCGCCAUAUGGGUCGUGUUCGCCGGUGAGUAUAGAUCGAGCUACAGGGAGACCGUAUGGUCCUAAUUUCCCAUUAGUCACUGCUAAGGAUGAUUUGGGAGUACAAAAGUUAAUUUUGGAUUCGUUGGGGGUUAAGCAAAUUGCGUGUGUUAUUGGAGGUUCUAUGGGUGGAAUGUUGGCAAUGGAGUAUUCGGCAUCGUAUAACGAUACGGAGUAUGUAAGGCUGGUUAUUGCGUUGGCCACCUCGGCCAGAGCUUCGGCUUGGUGCAUUUCGUGGAAUGAAACGCAAAGACAAUGUAUAUUUGGAGAUCCAUAUUAUGACGAUGGGUACUAUUAUGAGAACAAGAAUGGAAAGAAACCGGACUCGGGUUUGAGUGCAGCAAGAAUGGCGGCAUUGUUGACGUAUAGAUCACGCAAUUCAUUUGAAACUCGAUUCGGUCGGAAAAUGGGUAAGAAUACUAGUUCAAACACUGGUGAUAGCACUGUUGCUACAACUGGUGCCAACACUGUUGCCAGCACUGGUGUUAGCGGUGGUAAUAAUGGUACUACUAGUUUGAUAAAUAAAGAGGAGUUGGAAAAGGGAAUACGGUAUCCUAAGAAUAAGGAUGAGGAGCAUUGGCUAACGCAUAAUGAAGGGUCCAAGACGAUUAAUGGGAAGCAAAGGAACCAGGAUAAGAAUCUUCCGACGUAUUUCACGGCGCAAUCGUAUUUGAGGUAUCAGGGAACAAAGUUUAUCAAGAGGUUUGAUGCAAAUUGUUAUAUAAGUAUAACGAGGAAGUUGGACACACACGAUAUUACUCGAGGUAAAGUUGAAGAGUUGGAUGAGCAAAAACAGGAGAGUCUAGAUGUGUAUGAGGAUCCGUUGCCUGGGUUUCUCCAGACGCUUAAGAAGCCUCAUUUGGUGAUUGGUAUUGCAUCGGACGGGUUAUUUACAUAUGGGGAACAAGAGUUGUUGGGUAAGAAUAUUCCCAACUCUAUAUUGAAGAGGUUGGACUCGCCUGAAGGACACGAUGCUUUUUUGUUGGAGUUUGAGUUGAUUAAUAAUUACUGUUUAGACUUUUUGCAUGCAAACUUACCCGAGUAUUAUGAUGUUUCGAAUGAUGAGUUGUUCAAGGAUUGGGCAGAUCAUGUACAAGAUGUUGAUAAUGGUGGUGAAUCAGUCUUUGGAGAAGCAGAGAAGAAUAUCACAAAUUGGUAG